CUACCAGUUUCUAUCAGUGCAAAAAUGACUUCUUUUAGAAAAAGUGACUCAAGUGAAGGAAUAAUGUCAAUUUUGUGGAUAUACGUUGCAUUGGAAUGUUGCGUGGCCACUAUGAAUCUGUCGUGGGUUCAUGCUUACGACGGGAUUGAGUUUAGUAUAAAUGAUAUCAUGAACACCCAAAUGAUGCCUUUUCACAUAUUUCUUUACGAGCUCAACCCAACUAUAAGGAGAAACUAUACAACUGACUUUACACCGGCCUUAGCUACGAUGAACUAUCACAGAAAAAUGAUGCAGCAGUUCAUGGCUUCUGAUUACCUUACGAAGCAAAUAUUGCACUUAAACGCAGGCAGAUAUGCACAAAAAAUAAAAAGACGCGUCGGUGAAUUUCAAAAUAAAUCUAAUUUAUUCAAUGACGAUAAUCAUACGUACCUGUUCGACGACGGUUCUACCAGAUAUAAUACUUGGCUAAGGACAACAACACUUGACGAUAUCCAACAUCAGUUGAAUCAUGCUGCAAGCAAUUUAAAAAACAUCGAGAGUCCAAUUCGAAGACAAAUAAUAAGCCCAGUUACGAAAUCUACUUUGGUGGCCUAUGAGGCGGAAGAAGAUAUCGAUUCUGGCGAUAUUACUGGCUACGCAUACGACAAUUCGCACAAUGACAGCCAAUAUUUCAAUCCGAAUCUCCUUAGAGUAUCGCAGAUGCCACGAUUAUUAACAAAAGGACCAAAGACUAGUGCUCAAGUUAAACAAAUUAACAAAAGUGGUUAUGACACAGCUUUCGAAGACUAUGGAAUACAUCACCCUCCACCGGAAUCAGCAAAUGCCAUGUCACAGCCAACAAAGCAAAUUAAGGAAAUCAGUCUUAAAGAUAUUACAGACAUCGCUUUAACGACGCUAGCAUUUUUAUCUUUUGGGAUGUUCAUACUGCAGGUUCUGAUGUGCAUAACUAUGAGUAAAGAAGAUAGUAAUAAUUUAAUGAUGCUACCUAUGGAAGCUACCGAGUCAGUUGAAACAAAUGAUGGGACUGAAGAAAUACGGCGAAGAAAACGAUCUGUUCCGCAGAGUUCACCAAUAUUAGUGGGGGCAAAUCAACUGACUCAAACUUUAUUGACUACAAUCGAUAAUUUAUACUUAAGUGACAACAAAAAUGUCAAUAUGAAGUAUUAUUUUCAACUUUUAUGCGGAUAUGGUGCUAACAACACGAAAUUGAGAAAAAUACAAAAAAUAUGGACUAUACUUUAUAGGCAUAAAGAGCCAAUUAUGUCAGACGAAAUGGGCGUGUUAAAACAUAUAAGACUACUCCUAGAGAAGUAG